AUCGAUGUCCGAAAUAUAAACUAUCGAAGCACCGCCGAGUUGAACAGACGCCGCAGUUCGGGUUCAGUCAUCGGCGUCCCCGCUGAAUCGAUCGGUGUUGCCGCUUAUAAUCUCAACUACUAAAAUUUGACGAAGUAGAGAGAGAAGGGGACGACGACAAUCCGAGGAGCAGAUUGAACAAAAGAAUAACUCGGAGGAUGCUAGCGAGAAGAUUUAGUUCCUUAUUCAAGCGUUCUCCAACUGGCAGUUCGACAAAAUCUUUAGAUGAAGGAAAUGAUAGUUCUUUUGGUCGUAAAGCAGUGUCUUUUGUCUUGAUUACCAUCACCGGCGGUGUUGCUUUGAGUGCUCUUGAUGAUCUUGCCAUUUAUCAUGGCUGUAGCAGCAAAGCCAUGGAGAAAGCAAGUAAGAAUCAGGCCAUAAUAGAAGCUAUUGGGGAGCCGAUUAAGAAGGGACCAUGGUACGGUGCAUCUCUUGCAGUUGCUCACAAGAGGCAUUCUGUGUCUUGCUCAUUUCCAGUAUCGGGACCACAAGGGAAUGGAAUCUUCCAGUUGAAGGCAGUUCGUAGUGGAGAUAGCAAUUGGUAUUCAUUUUUCCGACCUCGAGACUGGGAAAUCCUAAUCAUGGAAGCUCUCCUCCAUGUUCCUGCAAAUGAGGGGAAUCAGCAAGCAUUACGGAUUAAUGUCUCGGACAGCAUUCCUCCUCCAGUGCGCGCGGAAUGCACGGAUUGCAGGCCUCAAGAAUAAGCCGAUACAGAUAAGAAAUGAAAAUUUUGUGGAUUUUUUAAUAUUUUACUUUAGAGUAGCGUAUGUUCUUAAAUUUUAGUAUGAACUUUGAAUAAAAUUCCAUAUCUGAUGUAUUCAUCAGAAUAAUUUUCUGAAA